AUGCCCAGGAUCUCAGACCUCACUGACACCCCUUCCCUCAGCAUCUUCCUCAAACAGGCCCCCUCACCUGAGAGCACUGACAGCCCUCCCAGCGACUCCCUCUUCCUCAACUUCUUCAACAGCUGCUCUCCACCACUGUGCUCCCACCCCCUCCACACCUCUCCAAGGAUGGCUGCUAUGCAUUGUAUGUGCAACUGCAAUGAGUCCAAUGCCAUGAUUACAGAUGUUCCGCUCCCAACAAACACUUCGUCAAAGAAGAAAGUUGGCACCAAGGGAAAAGGGAACAAGGAGAACCUGCCUGCCCCAUUUUGCAAUGCCACCUCUGUUGCACUUGCCCUCUCCACUGAGGAUGACCUCAAUGAAGACCCUGUUGAAACCCUGGUAGAGCCUGAGAAGCAUGCCCUGUUGGUAUCUGAUAUCAAAGAAGAUGAGCCCCUGCCCAAGCGCACCAAGAAGCAGCCUCUCAAGCAGCUUGACAAUGGCCUUGACAUGCAGAAGUUCCUCUCCAAGAAGAAGUCAAAGAAGGGGGAACUUAUUGAGGCAAAUGCAAGGAUUGUAGAGCUUGGGGCAAUCAUUAUGUCUAUGAAAGAUAAGGAGAAACUUCGAAAGGCACUCAUAGCUAAGCUGGCAAAGCACAAGGCACCUCCGCCUCUGAAGGUCAUUGCUAAGCCCUCAGGGCAACCUGGUCAUAAGGGGCCAGGUGGAUAUUGCCUGCAGGAAGAGAUGGGGCUCUCUGGGAAUGAGAGCAAGUACAAUUCUAUUUGGCAACAAGUCCGACAGAUCAGCAACAAGUACAAUGUCUGUGGAGACAAAACCAUCACCAAACUCCACCCAGAGGUCAUGGCAAAGAUAUGCAAGGAAGUGAGCUCAACACAAGAUUCCAUACCUGGCAUGGUUUGA